UAGGUGUUCCAACAUUCACUAAACGUGUGGUGCUUUCAGCAGUUGUGAGAUCCUGACUACAGAACGAGGGGGAAGAUCACAAACUAGUUGGAGGAACCAGAGGGGUACAGAAAACAACAAAAAGAGACUAGCUGGUCGGCAAGGCACAAUUAAAACAUCGAAUUCUGCCCCAGCAGCAAUUCCGGGAAAUUCAAGUAAUGCCCCCUGUGUGGCCCUCUAGAACUGUACCUGCACCCUAAAAAGAAAGAAUAAAACAACAACAGGAAAAAAAGGAAAAUAUUUAAAUUGUGACAAAAACCCACUGGGUUCUCUUGGUUACAAACUCCUUCCCUUCUGGUGCUGCAAAAAUGAGUGGGAAAUCCCUGCUCUUAAAGGUCAUUCUCUUGGGUGAUGGUGGAGUUGGGAAAAGUUCGCUUAUGAACCGUUAUGUAACCAACAAAUUUGACUCCCAGGCUUUUCACACCAUAGGGGUAGAGUUCUUAAAUCGAGAUCUGGAGGUAGAUGGACGCUUUGUAACCCUCCAGAUCUGGGACACUGCAGGGCAGGAACGUUUCAAGAGCCUUAGGACACCCUUCUACAGGGGAGCAGACUGCUGCCUCUUGACCUUCAGCGUGGAUGAUCGGCAGAGCUUCGAGAAUCUUGGUAACUGGCAGAAAGAAUUUAUUUAUUAUGCGGAUGUGAAGGACCCUGAGCAUUUCCCCUUUGUAGUUCUGGGUAACAAGGUAGACAAAGAGGAUAGGCAAGUGACUACUGAGGAGGCACAAGCCUGGUGCAUGGAGAAUGGGGAUUACCCUUAUUUAGAAACUAGUGCCAAAGAUGAUACUAAUGUGACAGUGGCCUUUGAAGAAGCUGUCAGGCAGGUGUUGGCUGUAGAGGAACAGCUGGAGCAUUGCAUGUUGGGUCACACCAUUGACUUGAACAGUGGCUCCAAAGCAGGGUCUUCGUGCUGUUAAAGAUAGGGAGCCUUUUAAAAAUGUGCCCCAAAUUGAUCAGUCAGUAGUGUAAGAAUAACUUUGCCCCUCUAAGAGUGCACACACACACACAAGAGGGUAAGAGACAAGGUUCUGAUUGUGAAACAGAGCCUUUCAAAUUGAAGUGUAGAUCGAUAAAAAAAAAAUUAAAAAUUAAAAAAAAAUAAAGCUCUAUCAAGCCAAGUGUAUUUUGCGUGAUUUCUGCUAUUUCCCCUUCUUGUGUGUCUCAGGACAUAUCAGAAAGUUUUAGUCCUGAGACAGUUAAAUAUUUUUUAAAUCACAGUUUAAACCUAGAACCCAACUGCAUGAAGGAGUUAAAGAGCUACAACUAUUUCUUAAAGUGUUCCAUUAAUCAACUAACAAAUGUCACUAUCAGACUCUUGCCAAGCAGUUUCUGACAUUUCUGCCAAAGGGGGAAAAAAAUCAGACUUUGAGCUGUAUUACAAUAAAAAUAAUAAUGCAAAUAAGGAUUCCUAGGCUUGAAUUAUAAAGAAGUUGUAAUGAUUAGGAGUGCAAAAGUAUAAUGAUAUACACUGACUUGUUUAAAUCCUUAUGUAUGGUUUGCUCCCAUCUGAGCUUUUCAAAAAAUCCCAUCUCAAUAAGAGAUACUCUAAUGACACUGGCAAUUGAUUAUACUUCUUGUGUUUGAAGUCAUAGGAUACUAGUGAAUGGAUUAUGCUUAAAUAUGCCAACCACCUUUGCAAAUAAAUGGUUGGUCUGCUUUUACUUCCUAAGUCUACUUUUGCUGCAUAGAGAUGUUGCUUCUCUGACAACCUCUUACCAAUUUAGCAAUGCUGCUUAGUAUAUGAAUUUGGAUGCAGUGCUCUCUGCUCAUAACUUAGAUGGUCCUUCGAUCCAACUGGGCUCAUGGACAAGGCUUCAGAAAAGAUUGGGGGAUAAUGAACUUUUCUCACAAGGCUCCUUAAAUAUUUAUUGCAGAAGAAGGAACUGGUUUCUUGUAUGUUGCACUGUAUGUUCAACUAGCCUAAUUAGGACAUUGAAAGUGACAGAAGAGCAGAUUUUAACCCAGUGUUAGAAUGAAUUUCCCAUAAUCAGAGUUGUCCAACAGUGGAAUGGACUGCCUUAAUAGUGAGCUCCCUGCCUCUGAAAAUAUUCAGUGGAUGGCCAUCUGUUAGAAUACCAUAAAAAGAUUUUCUGUACUGGCUACAUGUUCAAUAUAAAGUCCUUUCUGGCUCUAAGUUCUAUGAAUCUAUAAACUACAUCAGUGCCAUGCUGUGGUUAGAUUUAUCUGAUGAUAACAGCUAAGACUACGAAGAGGGACUUUAAAAAUUCUCAAACCAUUCUGUGAUCAAUCUUUAACAACAACUACAUAGCUCUUCCUUUUGCUUUUGCACUGUGGCAGGAAAAAUUUUCGAGCUCGAGUAAUCUUUAUGUGACUGAUAAAAAACAACUUAAAGCUCCCAUGUUAAAAUAUAAAAAUGGUUUGACAAUUUUUGAUUACCAUGACUGUCAGUUAUAUAUUAUAUUAUGAAUAUGCAGUGUGGUUCUUGUUGGUUGAUCUGUUUAUCCUACAUAGAUUUUAAUCUGUACUUUAAAACAUCUAUGAUAAACAUAGUGACAGACAGAAAUUACCCCAAAAAGAGACCUAGGCCAGGAAGGGGGUGGGAACUUUCAUAGGAAUACAGCCUAGAACUCUCCAUUGUAGCCACGUAUGGAAUCAGCCUUACUUACAUGUAGGACCUUUGUGCUUUAAGAGCUCUGGGACAUAUUGGCCAAAUAGAAAAGAAGAGGACAGUAUUUCAACUCAGUCAUACUCAAUAUUUCCAAUUAAGAUAUAAUCCUGACACCGUUGUUCAAUUAACUUUGACGCCAGAAGUCAAAGCCAGAACUGGGACCCCACAGCUCUUAAGUACUGGUCCCUAUUCUGCCUAUGCCUAUAGCCAGCCACACUGGUUUCCAAGUUCUAUGAUCAUUUUGCUACAAUCAUGUUAGGGUGAAAAUCUGUACGUCAGAACUGUUAAAUGCUAAUUAUUUUUAAGUGCAUGAGACCUGGGGCCUUCUCUUUCUACUUGCACUCUGCUUAUACUAGUUUCUAUUUGUAGAUCUCAGGCCUUCAUCAUAAAGACCUCCAUCAACUCACAAAAGUACUUGUCUCUAUUAGAGUGGCAUGUGGUCAUUUGAGUAAAAAAAAAAAAAAAAAAAGUUACAUGGGUAUCGGAUUCGUAGGCAUCCUGUCCAUCUAAGACAAGUGUUAAUUUUAUUGGCCCAUCAACUGGAGCCCCUUUCCUCUUAGCCAUACCAUUGUUUUCUACCAAAUUACCACUCAAUAUCUUAAUGAAAGCACUCAACAUUAAGUGACAUAAACAGUGGCAUUGGGUAAGCAACACUCAAUGGGGUGCUGACAUACAGUUUGGGUAAGAUUAAAAAACACCAAAGGCUGAAAUCUGUGAGUACCAAGAACUGUGCAUAUAGGUUUAGAAAUUGACUGUGUACCCUAGAAUGUGCAGUGUAAUAUUUUCAAUAGGUGUUUUUUUUAAAGAACACUAGAUUUUUGGAAUAAUAUAUUUCUAAUUAGGACUAUACUGUUUUUCAAUGGUCUGUUAAAACAUCAUACAGAAUAUUUAUUUAGUUUAUUGUCAUGUAUUGGCUAACUUUCAGGGGCCUCAGAUUCCGUAUGUCUUCAGUGGAUUGAUGAAUAUCAGGUUAAUUUGUGCCUGCCCCAGCCAUCUCUACUUUAUUCUGAGGUAUUCCACAAUCCUCUUGUUGCAGGUGCUGCUAAAAAAAACUCAAAAUUGUGUAUCAAAUAUUUACUUUCAACUGUAAAAAAUCAUCUGUGUUAAAGUGAAUAAAAAGUGCAUUUUGAAUAACCAGCACACAA